GCCAUGUCGGGGAGGGGCAGGGCCGGUUUUGGGCAUCCCUGAGGGGACUUUGGGACAACUUGGGGUUCCCUGUGAGAAUUUCGGGAGUCUCAGAGAGAUUUGGGAUUCUUGAGGGAUUUUGGGUUGGCCCUGGUAGGGUGGGGGUACCCCGGGAUCCCCUUUUUAGGGAGCUGCGCUGGGGGUACCCUCACAACACCGCCCUCAUCUUCUCCCACAGUUUCCCUUUCCUUCGGGAUACGCUUGGAUUCGGAGUUUCCCCGGAAUUCUCCUCUGGUUCCUCCUCAUCCUGGGCGGUCCCUCCAAUUUCACCUAAUUCCCACAGCCCCCCAGAAUCCAUGGAUUCUCUCCUUUUCCUCUGCGCCCGCCGCGUUAUCGCCCAGCGCCCUCUUCCUGCCCUUCCUGCUCAUCUCUAUCCCGUCCUUUUCCAAGCGGCAUUCCGUGCUAGAACAGCCCUGGUCCUGCGGGAUUUGGUGGCCGCUUGGCCUUUCCCGGUGCUCCACUUCCAGCGGCUUGUGGGGCCCCGGGAGCUGCUCCGGGAUUAUUCCUGCACACUCUGCGUUGAGUCCGUCAUCCAGGCCGUGGUGGUGCAGCUUCGGCGGGAGCUGGAAGAGCCCAGCAGGGCUUCCAGCCUGCGCGUGCUGGACAUGACCAGACUCUCAGACUCCGUGUCCGGUGACACUCCUGCCGGGUUGACCGUAUGGUUCAUCACCGAGGCUUUGGCCAAGGCUUGUGUGGAGGUGUCCAAGCACCAGCCAGAAUUCCAGAGGCACGGAUCCAAGUGGCCCAAAGCCUGCUCUGGAGUCGCCACGUCCGCGGCAGCUUCGCAGCCCCUGGGCGUGGAUGUCCACACCGACCUGUCCGUCAACAGAACGUCCUAUGAGAUCCUGCGCGAUGCGCUCCAGACCGGAGCCACCAGCCCCCUGCGCCUCAAGUGCCGGGAAUUUGAAGCAGUGGACAUCUCAGGAUCUGAGAUUGUGACUUUGUUGGAAUCUCUGGAUCCAUCCUGUCUGCGGAGGGUGGAACUGUGCUUCAACAAUUUAGGAUUGACCGGGCUCUCGGUGAUCCUGCCGCACCUCUUGCGCUUCCCGGAGCUGCGCAGCCUCAAGUUCCGGUACAGCAAGGUGGACGUGCGGCACCUGACGCCGGAAUCAGCAAUGACAAUCCGUUCCGUGGCCAGGCAGCUGGGAAUGCUGCCCAGCCUCCGGGAGCUCAACCUGGGAUCUUCACAGCUCUCCGGGAAUCUGCACCAGAUCCUCUGCGACCUCCAGGCUCCGUUGGAAAGUUUGGAAUUGGGCUACUGCUCCCUCCUUCCCGCCGACCUCACCUUCCUCUCCCAAAGCUUCCAUGCUGCAGCCCUGAAAAGGUUGGAUCUGAGUGGCCACAACAUCUCCCAAGGUCUCCUGGAGCCGCUCCGGCUGCUCCUGGUGGAAACCUCGGCCUCGCUGAUGCACCUGGAUCUCACAGAUUGUGACAUGGAUGACUCCCACCUGGCCGCGCUGCUCCCGACGCUCCUGCGCUGCUCCCGCCUGCGCUUCCUGGGACUCCACAACAAUUCCCUGUCCACAGCCACAAUCAAGGAUCUGGUCCAGAAAACCUUGGAGCUGCCGGAUCUCCACCUGGUCAUGUAUCCCAUCCCCGAGGAUUGCUACAAGCUGGAGCUGUGGGACUACGUUUCGGAUGUUGUAGAGGAUGAGGAGCUUUUGGCAGCGGUUACUGAGGAGAUUUCACAGCUGCUGGAGAAUUCCGGGAGGACCGACCUCAUCUGGACUUACAGUAUCUUUGGCUACAGAGACCUGGACUACUUCACCUUGUGAUUUGGGAAAACCUCAGAGGCGGGAAACGCUCAAAGCCUCCACCUCGGAAACGCACCUCUACCUCACUCCUGAAAUCUGGGCAUUUCCCACCUCAGCCCAGUGCUUUUCUGUCUCAUUCCAGUGCAAUUUUCCUUUCAUUUUUCAUCCAUCCAUUUCCUUUUCUGCCUGCUUUUCUUAGUUUUCCACCUCAUCUGAAGUUUUCCACCCCAUCCCAAGAUUCUUCCCUGGUUUUGUAGCUUUUCUACCACAUUUUGAGGUUUUUUCCUCCUUAUCCUGAUAGUUUUCCCUUCAUCCCGAUAGUUCCCCCCUCAUCCCAGUAUUUUUCUGCCUCAUCCUAGUAUUUUUCCAUCCCUUUUCAUGAUUUAUUCAGCUUAUCCCAGUGUUUUUUCCAUCAUGAUUGGCUUUCCACAGCAAAAUUUUAUGAGGCUUCAGGGAUGGAUUCCACAGGAAGCUGCCGGAAGCUUCUCUCAUGUCCGGCAAAUCCUGUCAUGAACAGCGGCGACACCUUUGGAAUAAGAAUGAAGUUGGAAGAAGCCAAUCAUAGUACAGCUGGAAUUCCGGACUAGCAAUGUGGGAAAGGAAGGAGUCAGGAAAUGAUUUCAAGGUUCAAGUCGAAAUUCUCAAAAUUCCAUGGUGGGUCCAAAGGGAAGCUCAUCCUGGAGAUGGAAGCUGGGAGGGACCUGCAGAUCCAUGGAAAAAAGGAGCAGAUUCCUGGCAGGAAUUGCAUAGAGGAAAAAACCUUUGAAGUAUUGACCCCUUGGAAAAGAAUUGUAUUCCAUGGGAAUAACACAUUACAGAAAUCCAUGGAAAACUCUUGCCGUGGGAUGGAUUUGCAUUUUAAAAUGCAUUGAAAACUGACCUUGGGAUGGAUUCACUGAGAAAUCCAUGGAAAACUCCCCUGGGAUGGCCCCGGCUCCCAGUGCUGCUGGAGAGAUUGAGGGAGAGCCGGGAAAGAGAAUUGUGGGAGGGAAAAGUUGGAUUUGGGGUCUUGUUAUUCUGCUCUGAUCCUGUUGGGAAGUAAACUCAUCCUAUCCCAGA